GUUCGGGCAUCUUUACCUUCCUCGCCACAGGUCCGCUUUACAUCAUCUUCUGCCAUCUUUCGUCCAUCUGCCCAGGAUCAGCUCCCGUAUUAUAUCUGGCCUCCGCCUCCUCCUCUUCUCCCUCUUCCUCUUCCUCUCCUCCUCUCCUACCUACUUCUCUCCUCUGAAUGGCCGGCCACAAUCACCCCUCCUACGCUACCCUCGCCUUCCUCACCUUCCAAGCCGUCAUCCAAGUCGUCUGUGUCUGCGUCCUCGGUGUCUGGGCUGCCCACGCCCGCCUCCUCAACCCCUCCCUGCAAAAGCACAUCUCCCAGCUCAACGUCCAGAUCUUCACCCCAUGUCUGAUCUUCGUCAAGCUCGCCUCCGCAAUCACCGGUGACAAACUUCUCGAUCUCGCCAUCAUCCCCGUCCUCUUCCUCCUCACCACCGGCGUCUCCUUCCUCUCCGGCUACAUCCUAGGCCGAAUAAACGGCUUCACUCGCCGCGAAUGCAACUUCGUCAUCGCAAUGGCCGUCUUUGGCAACUCAAACUCCCUCCCCGUAUCGCUCACUAUCGCGCUCGCGCAAACCCUGCCCGCUCUGCGCUGGCUCCCCGACGAUACUUCCGCGAACGUCGCCUCAAGAGGUAUCCUCUACCUCCUCAUCUUCCAGCAGCUAGGCCAGAUGCUGCGCUGGUCCUGGGGAUACAACACCCUUCUCGCCAAAGAUCCCGAUGCGAUCUCGGAGCCGGUCUCGUCACGAUCGUCGACGAUCAUGCACGGUGACGACGAUGCCAAUGACCAAACCGGCGGAAUAUCCCUCGACUCGACCUCUGACGAGUACGUACGCGAAGCUGCCAUGUACAUCUCGCACAACGCUACGCCGGACGACUCGACAGAGUCGAUCGCGCUCAGCAGUAAGCCUCUCUUCCCGCACGACUACGCUCUCGGAUCGAGCGGAGCCGAUUACUCAGAGUCCGGCCAGGGUCAGACUAUGUUUUACCGAUCAGAAGCCUACGAUUCCACUGGAUCCCGCGGCGGACUGCAUCUGCCUACGUUCAACCGCUCGUUCAGUAACUCGGAAGCUGUGGAUCGGCUGCACCGGCUCGCACAGGUGCCGGCGGUGAAGAUGACGCUCAAGAUCCUAACCAAGCUCAACUCGUACAUGAACCCUCCUCUCUGGGCCAUGCUUUCUGGUCUCAUGGUCGCCACCAUCCGUCCACUGCAGGUUCUCAUUUUCGAGAGCCCAGACGGAUUCAUCGCAAACACAUUCACUGCCGCAGUCACGCAAACCUCCGAAGUCGCCGUUCCCUUGAUCCUCGUCGUUCUUGGCGGUAACCUCUACCCCGACGACAGUCUCGCGGCCCCAUCCCCCAGCUUCAAGCGCAUCGUCACCGCCUCGCUGAUUGCAAGAAUGCUCCUCCCCGCUGUUGUGCUGUUGCCCGUUCUAGCGCUGGUCGCCAAGUUCGUGCACGUCUCGAUCGUCGACGACCCGAUCUUCAUCGUCGUCCUGUUUUUGCUCACGACCGCCCCGCCCGCCAUCCAGCUCAGUCAGAUCUGCCAGCUGAACGAGAUCUUUGAGCGCGAGAUGAGCGCGAUUCUGUUUUGGGGGUACGUCGUCUUGACGCUGCCGAUUACGAUGGUCAUGGUCGUUAUGAGUCUCGAGGUAUUGGAAUGGGGUGGCCGGUUACCUGUCGCGCCGUCUGCCUAGUCUUUUGCAUUUCUUGUUUCUGUUUUCUGUGGUUUCGUACAAGUUAUGAGGUUUUCCAGUUUUGUUCAAUGUAUACACUUUUGUUUGUUUCAUCUUUGUCCGGGUUUGCAAGUUUGGGUUCUUAGUACAUACAUAUACACGCAUUGUUACUCUGUCGUCUUUGAGCUAUACAAUAUAUACACACCAUCUCAACACUGCC